AUGCGCAAAGUGCCUGGGGGCCGGCAAGGAGGACUCUUCUCCCUCUCCCCACCCAGGAUGCCCCGCGGUCCUUGGGCGUGACGUCACGAGGGAGGGCGGUCCCCCAUUUGAUGAAGUUAACCUUGUUGUAUAAAAGAGCGCCAGCGACAGAGGCCGGUUUAUCUCAGACUCGGCCUGGGUUUGCUGAGUCUAAGAAGGGACCGUGGUGGCCCUUUUGAGGUGACCAUAGCCGCCGAGAAGCAUAAGUGACUGCGCAUUGAGGCGGCCACAGUCGCUAAGAAGGUUGCCAUCGCGACGCGGCCGCUGGAGGGUUUCGCUUCCGGGUUAAGCGGCCGCAGACGCAUAGACGGAGUAGCUGCAGCGCCUCUUCCGGUUACCUUUUCCCAGUGCCGGAGGCGCCUGGGUUUGGGGUCUUCGCUCAGGGACAGAGACCUGACAGCGAGCGGCGGCUUCCCAGGGAUCGAGGGACGCGCACGCCAGAGGAGACGAAAGGAACCCGGGUCAGACCAGAUCGGAACCACUGACCAUUGCCCAUGGCGGCCCUAGGCCCUAGCAGCCAAAAUGUCACUGAAUACGUCGUUCGAGUUCCCAAGAAUACAACCAAAAAAUAUAACAUCAUGGCUUUUAAUGCAGCCGAUAAAGUCAACUUUGCUACGUGGAAUCAGGCUCGGCUGGAGCGGGACUUGAGCAACAAGAAAAUCUACCAAGAGGAGGAGAUGCCCGAAUCGGGCGCGGGCAGUGAGUUCAACCGCAAGCUUCGGGAGGAGGCUCGGAGGAAAAAGUACGGCAUCGUCCUCAAGGAGUUCCGGCCCGAGGACCAGCCCUGGCUGCUCCGGGUCAACGGCAAAUCUGGCAGGAAGUUCAAGGGCAUCAAGAAGGGAGGCGUGACAGAGAACACGUCCUACUACAUCUUCACCCAGUGCCCCGACGGGGCCUUUGAGGCCUUCCCCGUGCACAACUGGUAUAAUUUCACGCCACUGGCCCGGCACCGCACGCUCACUGCUGAGGAGGCUGAGGAGGAGUGGGAGAGGAGGAACAAGGUGCUGAACCACUUCAGCAUCAUGCAGCAGCGGCGGCUCAAGGAUCAGGACCAGGAUGAGGACGAGGAGGAGAAGGAGAAACGCGGCCGCAGGAAGGCAAGCGAGCUGCGCAUCCACGACCUGGAGGAUGACCUGGAGAUGUCGUCUGAUGCCAGUGACGCCAGCGGUGAGGAGGGCGGCAGAGCCCCCAAGGCUAAGAAGAAGGUGCCGCUGGCCAAGGGUGGCAGGAAGAAGAAGAAGAAGAAGGGCUCUGACGAUGAGGCCUUCGAGGACAGCGAUGAUGGGGACUUCGAGGGCCAGGAGGUGGACUACAUGUCGGACGGCUCCAGCAGCUCCCAGGACGAGCCUGAGAGCAAGGCCAAGCCGCCCCAGCAGGAGGAGGGGCCCAAGGGUGUUGAUGAGCAGAGCGACAGUAGCGAGGAGAGUGAGGAGGAGAAGCCGCCCGAGGAGGACAAGGAAGAGGAGGAGGAGAAGAAGGCGCCCACCCCGCAGGAGAAGAAGCGCAGGAAAGACAGCAGCGAGGAGUCCGACAGCUCAGAGGAGAGUGACAUUGACAGCGAGGCUUCCUCGGCCCUCUUCAUGGCGAAGAAGAAGACGCCACCCAAGAGAGAGCGGAAGCCGUCGGGGGGGAGCUCGAGGGGCAACAGCCGCCCAGGCACGCCCAGCGCAGAGGGCAGCAGCACCUCCUCCACCCUGCGGGCGGCUGCCAGCAAACUCGAGCAAGGGAAGCGGGUGAGUGAAAUGCCUGUAGCCAAGCGGUUGCGGCUGGACGCGGGGCCCCAGAGCCUGUCCGGGAAGUCGACCCCCCAGCCGCCAUCGGGCAAGUCAACACCCAGUAGCGGUGACGUGCAGGUGACCGAGGAUGCCGUGCGCCGCUACCUGACACGGAAGCCCAUGACCACUAAGGACCUGCUGAAAAAGUUCCAGACCAAGAAGACAGGGCUGAGCAGCGAGCAGACGGUGAACGUGCUGGCCCAGAUCCUCAAGCGCCUCAACCCUGAGCGCAAGAUGGUCAACGACAAAAUGCACUUCUCCCUCAAGGAGUGAGGCGCUGUCCGGCACACAGCCCUGCCCCCCGAACUCAGCCUCUCACUGCCCCUUCACUAUCCUGCUCCCUGACUCCCAGGGCCCCAGAGUUAGCAAUUCUGGAAAGGUUAAGCCAUCUCCUCCUCUGGCCCCUCCUUCUGGAAUCUUCAGAUGCCUGUUAGGCCUUCUUACUGUCCUCCUUCUCCUGGCUCAGCCUCCCUCACACUGACCAAGGGCCUGUGCUGCCCACUUCCACAGUUCUCCCUUCCACUCCCUUAGUUCUCUCUACAGCCGUGACUUGUCCACCGCACAGCCCAGGAAGUCUUCAGUUUGGGCUGGGUGUGAUGAUACGCGCCUGCAGUCCCCACUACCUGGGAGGCUUAGCCCAGUUCAAGGCUGCAGUGAACUUUGAUGGUGCCACUGCACUCCAGCCCGGGUGACAGAAUGAGAUCCUGGCA